AUGGGGCUCGACGCGAGAGAUGCCCGUGGAUGGGUGAUGAGCGGUGUUGCUGGAAUCGCUUGUGUUGUCGGCGCCAGCAUAAUCUGCGUAGACGUAAUAUUGCGCUCGUGCUGUGGAAUACGGAAUUUUGAUAUCACUACAAAUAGAACUUUCCUGUCUUCUUCGAUGAGUCUAAGUGCAGGGAUCAUGAUCUUCUCGUCAUUGUAUAGCAUGCUACCUACCGCUAAGAAGUAUCUUGCUCGCUCUGGUUUGUCCAGUCCUGCCGCUGCCUGGACAUUGAUCGGACUCUUCUUGGCCGGCGUCAUCAUCAUUAGCAUCUUUUCCAGCAUCACGCACCGUUAUAUACCAUCGCAUGUAGUCGAUUGUACACAUACCCAUGGGGAGGAAGGGAACGAUCAUCAUAAUCGCAAACACCAGGAUGAAGAAAGCCGUCCAGGCACAGCAAGUGACGAGCGAACGCCCCUUCUCCCAAACCGCUCCAGCGAUCAUCACACGCGCCCUGCGCAAAGGUUGUAUCCUAGAAGCACUGGUAACAUGCGGCCGAAACCAUUCUUUCGUGACUCAGUGGGCCGACUGCUGGGAAGACGUGUCACUCGGAUCUUUGGAGUUACAAAAGAUCUUUGUGAUGAAGACGGGCCAUGCUACGGCUUCUCCCAAACCUGCGGGACGGAUUGUCGAAAGGUGCUAGGCUCUGGGAAGUUCUGCUUUUGGAUCGGUGGAAUUGGAACAGACUCUCAAAAUAAAACACGAGCAGUGACUCCACUGGUUAUUGAAUCAGAUCCAAACAUCCGUGAAGAUGGGCCUGACACGCCGCUGACUGUUCGACACGUCCCGCUUAUUAGCCAAGAUGAAAAUGAAAUUCAUCGGCCUGUCAAUGAACAACAAGCUACUGAUUAUUUCUCGCAAAAUAUCGAGCGCACCAACUCGCCUCGUCAUGACGAUGAGGAACAGACAGCCAACGACAGUCAGGAAUCGGCAACUCCUGAGACCAACAAACCAUGGGAAGAACAAUCAAGUAACUCCUCUCCACAGCAUCACCAUCACGUUCCGCAAAAUGCCUUUCUCUCAAUUGGCCUGCAGACAUCACUGGCCAUAGCCCUGCACAAACUCCCUGAGGGAUUCAUUACCUACGCUACUAAUCACGCAAGCCCAACCUUAGGACUGACCGUCUUCAUCGCGCUUUUCAUCCACAACAUAACCGACGGAUUUGCCCUUGCUUUGCCUCUGUUUUUAGCGAUUAGGUCGAGAACAAAGGCUAUCUUUUGGGCAAGCUUAUUAGGAGGAAUCAGCCAACCAGCUGGAGCUGGUCUUGCAGCUUUGUGGAUAUGGUACACCGACCGAGGAAAAGAUGCCACCGAGGGUCCUUCCUGGGGUGUUUACGGGGGCAUGUUUGCGGCAACUGCUGGCAUAAUGACCUCUGUAGGUCUACACCUGUUCAGCGAAGGAUUGAGCUUGACCCAUAACCCGAAUAUAUGCAUCAUCUCGGCUAUUGCUGGCAUGGGACUAUUGGGGAUUAGUUUCGCAUUGACGGCGUGA